AUGCCAGCACUGUGCACAACCUUCCUCACCAUGCCAGCAGUGUGCACAACCUUCCUCACCAUGCCAGCACUGUGCACAACCUUCCUCACCAUGCCAGCAGUGUGCACAACCUUCCUCACCAUGCCAGCAGUGUGCACAACCUUCCUCACCAUGCCAGCAGUGUGCACAACCUUCCUCACCAUGCCAGCAGUGUGCACAACCUUCCUCACCAUGCCAGCACUGUGCACAACCUUCUUCACCAGGCCAGCAGUGUGCACAACCUUCCUCACCAUGCCAGCACUGUGCACAACCUUCUUCACCAGGCCAGCAGUGUGCACAACCUUCCUCACCAUGCCAGCACUGUGCACAGCCUUACUCACCAUGCCCCAGCAGUGUGCACAACCUUCUUCACCAUGCCAGCAGUGUGCACCCACUCACCAUGCCCCAGCAGUGUGCACAACCUUACUCACCAUGCCAGCAGUGUGCACUUACCUCCUGUGUCUCCUGGCCUGGUACUGUCGUGGUCAAAAGUUUGCUCCUCUGGUGAAACGAGUCACAGGAAUGAGUCUCCAAAUUGACUUACCGUGA